UGGGUGAAGAGAGAGUACAAGAAGGGAAAGUGGUUGGCCGUGUUUUUAGGUUUUUGAAUACUUUCAUAUCUUAUAAAUUCUAUUUGUCUAUCUAUCCUAGAAGUUUGAGAGAGGCCCUCGUGCUUUUAAUCUAGUCUGCUUGUAGUCUAUAGAGAGAGAGAUCAUCCUCAUCAGACUUCUCCUAUAAAAGGAACCAAGAACCUUUAUAUGUGAUUUUCUACACUAUUCAGAGAGACACACACACAGAGAGAGAUUUCAUGAAAGUAUGCUCAACCAGGGCCUGUUUGACGAUCAAGAGGUUCCUACACAAAUGGGUUUCUUUUCUUUCCCUUCCAACUUGACCUUACCUUCUUUAGGAUGCCACCAAUCUCUCAAAGCCUUCACUUCCGUACCUCCUUCACUAGCAUCUGAUGCACCUUCCAGUAAUCUCAGUGAAACCCUACUCUCAUCUGCGACUAAGCAAAGAGAAGACACCACUUCUGAUUUUAGAGGAUCUCAACUCCUUUCUUUGCAUAGAUCAGGCGCUAAUCUAUGGGCAUGGGGAGACCUUGGUGACUGCUUAAGCAACAAGAGAGGAGGUGGAGAUCUAGAUGAUCAUCAUCUAGGGGUUUCUGCAUUGAAGAUGAAGAAGAUAAAGGCGAGGAGGAAGGUGAGGGAACCUCGGUUUUGCUUCAAGACCAUGAGCGAUGUAGAUGUGUUAGAUGAUGGUUACAAGUGGAGGAAAUAUGGACAGAAAGUGGUAAAGAACACCCAGCAUCCCAGGAGCUACUAUCGUUGCACGCAAGAUAAUUGUCGCGUAAAGAAACGUGUGGAGCGAUUAGCGGAGGACCCAAGGAUGGUGAUUACAACCUACGAAGGGAGACACGUACAUUCCCCGUCGCACGACAUGGAGGACUCGCAAGCUCAAUCCCACCUAAAUAACUUCUUCUGGUAAUAUAUAUAUAUAUAUAUAUAUAUAUAUAUAUGAUCAGCUUUGCUGUGCCUUUGUUACGUACUAUUUGGGGACACGCAAAAUAAAGCAUUGAUUGAUUUGUGUAACAAUAUAUAUCCCCAUGUUUGUUGGGCCCCCUCUACUGUAAUGCAUUAUAUAUAAA